AUGGGCGUCAAUGUCAUCAAUACGGUCACAUCCAGCGUCACAUAUAUCAGAAGUUUUUGGGCUAUAUUUAGUGUAAGAGGCCAUUCCCUAAACUAAAGAUAAAACACAGGAACGUUUUCACUGUUUCAUGUGCGGAUGUUAUGCAACAACAUGGUUUAGAACCCGAGCAGGCAUUCUCAGUUAGUCGCCCAGCAUGAUACGGCUUGCUGUGCUUCGACACUGACAACUGCAAAUCGAUGCAGAGGCAACACCAAUCAGCCCCAAAUAAGUCAGUCAUCAAGGGGUACAAUGCACAGAAAAUACUUUUGGGGAAAAUCAAGUAAAUGUGUUUUCAAAUGUGACCUACUUCACCUUCAAGUACUCUAUGUGACGAUAAAAUAGUCAAUACAAAAUUUAUAGGAAAAGCUCUAUAGCACUGAAGUGAACGCCAGGUGCUGUUAUCUCCAAGGGACCUUUUCGAGUGGGUCGAGUACUUAGUGUCGGGCACGACUUUUUUGUUUUAAUUCAGUGUAUUUGGGGGAAAUAGGCUCAUGCAUCUAAACUCCUCAUUUGUUUAUCGUAUACACGUCAGAAGAACUAGCGACAGUAUAAGAGUAUUACAGUGUCAGAUGGAAGCAGACUCAAUUUCGCAUAGGUAGUCAUGCAGUCCGCUUGGUGCUGUAUCAGGGGUAUGUCAGAGUCAUGUUCAAAUAUCGCCAAAGUCUUAGAUACUGCAGUCGCCUCGUACAGGUUGAUCCAUGGUUCCACCACAAAUUUUGUGAAAAAAACUUUUCAUGUCCAGUCUUCCUUGGGGCACGCGUACUUUGGAGGGAAGGUUGACUGUAGUUGCGAGGUUGAUGAAGUCUCCAUAUUGGAGGGCGCAGUCCAAACCACACAUGAUACGGAGCAUGUGUAUCAACUUCCUGCACAACUACCUAAAACUCAGAGAACGGAGGUUUCAGUUUGUUAGGCGGGUCUACUUUGAUCGUGCAUCUUGACCUCUUGCUAAUUUUGUGGUUUAUUACGACACUUUUUAAAGUAGGUUAUGAUUAUGCUGGGCCUAGGAUCUCCGGGUUUGGAUCGCAUAUUGGAGAUGCAGCUUUACAAAGGUGCAAAAAACCCUGGAGAAGAAAUCUUCAUCGAAAAACGGCGAGUGCCGCUAAAGGCAUACAUCAUUGCAGUCGAGACUUUAGGCGCAUUGCAAGAGUGUGUAGAGGGCCGAUAGAAGCGAACAGGCGAGUUCCAGGAAGCAAUUCAGGGGGAGAUGUGAUCAUUGUUAUUACUUCAGAUUGGCAAAUUUGAGAGAUACGGGUUGAUUAUUUGAAGAAGAAGAAGAAGAAGAAGAAGAAGAAGAACAAGAACAAGAAGAAGGAGGAGGAGGAGGAGGAGGAGGAGGAGGAGGAGAAGAAGAGGAGGAAGAAGAAGAAGAAGAAGAAGAAGAAGAAGAAGAAGAAGAAGAAGAAGAAGAAGAAGAAGAAGAAGAAGAAGAAGAAGAAGAAGAAGAGGAAGAGGAAGAAGAAGAAGAAGAAGAAGAAGAAGAAGAAGAAGAAAAAGAAGAAGGAAAAGGAAAAGAAGAAGAAAAUAAGCCCUCCGACACAGAUUUAUUUAAAUGCUGGCGUUUCAAAGAGCUUGGUCGGCCCUCCAUUGUCAAAGCGUAAAAUGCACUUAAUCGAUCAAAAAUUUAAUUUAAAGUGGCAUGUUGUGUUUGUCGGCCUCAUUUUGAUCGAUUUUUCUGUUAUCUCGUUGCCUCGGCCUCUCUGGAGAUGGCUGACGGGCGUUUUGCCUGCGUGCUCUGGGAAUCACCACUCCGUCGAGGGGAGCUGAUCGAACCUUUGUCUGGCGGUCGGCCUGGCGGUUCUUGUUCUUCCUCACCGAAUAAACUCAGCGUUAGACAUUAGAUGUGCUACAAUAGCUGCACUUGUUUCCCGCCAGCUCCUUUGACACCAAAUUGCGCAUCAGUUAUCCCGUUUUAGAUAACAUUGAAACAGGCUGCUUAUAAAAUUUAUUCUUUGGUGCCGUCCGCGUGUAGCUAUCUCACGUGCUCGCUCGGCCACACUCGACUAAAGCAGUUUCACACCGCUAUUGUCCAUGAACUCGCAGUCCCAUGUUUUCUCUUAAUCAGUCUUCUGACGGUGUUUGCGAAGCCAGGUUAUGAGGUCAAAAGACCUAAAGCCACGACAGGAAACGUCUGGAGUCGUUUACUGGACAUGACGUAGUUACAGACAGAACAUCUACGUCGGAGAAACUGGGAGAUUACUCCGGACGUGAAUGGUCGGACAUUCAGCGGCAGUGAGGAUGAGAGACGCGAAUCCUCAAAUGGCGAUUCAUCUGACGGGACCCGGCCAUACUUUCUAGUUUUAAGAAGCCGAAAGCUUUGCAAGAGAUGACAACCGCAAGAGCCGCGAGCUGCUCGAGUCAUGAUUCGUGGGCCUGCAGUCCGUCAACAAGCGAAUUACCUACCGUUACCAUAUUGUGUGCUGAAAAUUUCCCUGGACAGAGAAAUCAGUCACGUGAGGGAUUGGGUGAAUGGGCACCAAUUCCGGUGGCAGCGGGCUACAUUGCCGAGCAAUCGUCAUGUAAACAUCCAGCACGGAUGAUGAAAUCUCGACAAAUAACGACUCAGACGCGGACUAAAAAGUCGUCAUCGCACCAGUUAUGACCCCCAGCAGUGACCACGUGAGCUGCUUAUUAUAGUACGCAUGAGGUCCCACGGAAGCAACGUACUAUAAAUACUGCACUCCUUGUGCCCUCAGUACACUUAUAUUCGACUACCUCUGAUGGUGUGUUCGGGGGAGAAUCCAAGACGUCGGUUAAAUGAACUUCUUGUUCCAAUGGUCAUAUCUUCUGCUGACGUGCAUGGAAGGAUUUGGAGUGUUUGUAGUCCAAACGCAGAGAUACUCCUGUGCUUUGGAUUCUCAGUGUAGUAGCCCUUUUAGCUGGUGGGUCCACAUAUCACAGACCAUGGUUUAUGGACAGGACCCGUCUGCGAGACCCCUCUUCCGUUCCAUAAUGCUUUCCUUAGAGGUUUUCUUUGUCGGCAACAGUGAAUGAUUUUGACGACUCUUCUAUCAUCCGUAAGCGUGGCGCACUGACAAUUCAAUUCUUGUACACAGCCAUUAAUAAUCAUAAGAAGUAGGGUCGAUCCCAGCACUGAACCUUGUGAAAUCUAAUCUCUAGGAGUGUCCUCCUUGCUUGCUUCUAUUCCACACAGACAACUUAGGAAAGACCGACGAAAAAAAUCGAUAAACUAAGGAAUUUCGCCUCUCAUACCCAUUACUCUCAACUUGCACAGGAGAACCUAGUGCAAAGCGCUAUCAAAGGCCCUCCUGAAAUUAACAUGGGCGACAUUUGGGGUGUUUUCCGUUGGGAGUUCUCGUCCGGCUUUACAUCAUGUAAAACAAGUUUGUUAAACACGACCUUCCCUUACGAAAUCUAAUUUGGUUAUUGGGCUAGAGACUGUCGGUUCCUGAAUAUCUCAUUAAGAUAACAUCCUUCUAAUCAUCAGUUUUGUGUUGAGUAGGAUUUCACUAUGUUUCUAUGUGGAGUGCUCUUGUCAGUCAUAUGCCUGACCGAAAGGAACGUUCGCUCGCCACUGUCUCUUCUGAACAUAGUUAUGGGGAUUUUCGCAACCUUUCUAAUGGUCUUCUCCGUGACUUUGAAGCAGACUGAUAUCAGACUCCAGGGUAUGUAGCUGGCCUCAUGUGCACGACUACCGCUUUUUGUGAAUGAGUUUAAUGUGUACUGCAUUCUAAUCCGUGGGACGAAUUCCAGUAUCAAAUGAUUUCAAACACAAGACGGCUAAUUUUUUUGUCUGUCCCCGGGAAAUUUUAAAAGCUAUUUUGCCUGAAUCUCGUCCUGAUGGGGAGAUUUUCAUUCCCUCAAGCUUUACAAUUUUUUAAGACUCGCUUCUUUUCUAGACAGAGGAUUCUCAACAGUUGACACACCCAUGUUCUCGUAACUAAGUGAAAUGGAGACCGCUUGUUCUGCAAAAAUUAGCUGGGAGAACCAGAUAAAUGCCCAUUUUUGUUCGUACUGUCCGAUCUCUCGAGCAUCUCGUUGCUCUUCCAAAGAUGCAUCAGGUUCACGUCUUAUAUGUUCCUUUGCAAACUGCUUUUGAGCAAUUAAGGAUCUCUGACGUCUCGAUGGAGCAAAAUUCUCUCAGGAUUCCGCCAUAUUUUGAAAAAUCAGCCUUUAGCCUUAUCCCUCUGGACGUCUUAUUUUCAAAGGGUGUACGUUCGUGGCUUCUCCAGAACUUCUUCCACAGUCUUUCUUUCCUGUUAACCUCCUUUAAUUUUAAUUUCAGCUAUUGCGUCUGGCUGGUUACCCGAGGCCGCUUAAAAAGGCGCAUGUCGUCCAUUUUCAUUGUUUGGUCACUCCAUUACAGUUAUAUCUGUCUCAGCAUGUUGUAGAUAGUGAAGGUAGCGGUUCGUUUUAGUGCGCCAUUCUCGGAGCUAUUUCUUGCCACCUUGUUAUCAAUAUCCUUUAGGGACGGCUUAGGGAAAAAUGAGUGAGUCUUCUUGCUUGACCUUCAUAAACAGUCCAUGUCUCUGCUCCGCACAAGAGCGUUAUCAAGAUAACAUCCUUCUAAUCAUCAGUUUUGUGUGGAGUAGGAUUUCACGAUGUUUCUAUGUGGAGCGCUCUUGUCAGUCGAAUGCCUGACUGCUUUUGGGCCCCCGACUUGCAAUCUUGUCGUUCAUCUUGGUGUUUAUUUAAAUUCUUCCCCACAAAGUACACGAAUCUCUCCACUGACAUUGAUAGAGGAUGCAGUGUAGUCAAAAUUGGGCAUCGGUUGAUGCAUGACCAUUGUUUGCUUCUUGGUCAUAACCAGUCCAAAUUUGGGACAGCCAGAGGAGAAAAAACACACUUUACUACACGUCCUCCUCCGUUGUGGCGUUUAGCACGGAGUCAUCCGCUAACAACAGAUAAUAGUUACUGGUCUUAGAUUCCAUCAAAGAUUCCGGCGUGCGCCGGGUGUAUAACCGCUGUCAGUCGGCCCUACAGAUAAUAUUGAUCCCAGGUAGCUCCUCAAGGUGACUGCUCAUCAAAGUAGCAGAGAGCAGAAGACUGAAUAAAAUGGAAAUGGGUACGCAACACUGCUUAACCAUAUCGGUCGCCUUAAACGUUUCCCAGCCUGACCCGUCAUCCGGUUCGCUCGUCAUCAUCUAAUAGUGCCGUUUUCUCGCCGUUUGUGUGGAUUGCGCAGGACCCCUGAACUUCGAAAUGAUUCUUCGGAGUCUAUCGUGAUUCACCGUGUCGAAGGCCUUUGACAGAUCGACAGAGAUGACGCGGAGGCUGGUUUUUAUUUCCCGAUAUUUUUCCUAUAAUUGGCGGAUCACAAAGCUUAAGUCUGAUGUUCCGCGGCGCUUUCAAAAUCCACACCGCGUUUCAGAAAGGAGUCCAUAAUGUACGUGCUUUUUCAGGUGAUUCAGUAAAACACAAACGAAGCUUUUAUCUGCGUUAUUGAGAAGAAAGAUGUUUCUGUGGUUAACACAAAGUUGAUGGUUCCUUUGCCUCUUUCAGAUGCGCACGAUGGCAGCUGCCUUGGAGCCUGGCGAUGCAUCCUUGCCGCCACACUUUAAAAACCGAGGUAAGUUUAUGCAAGAGUUCGGGUGAACUUGCGUCAGCUCUCGGCGUUUUCCCAGUUUACAACUAUUGCAUUCCUCUAAUUGUCUCAGGGAGGAAAGGCGGUGGAUCGAGAUCGUCAUUGGUAUCCAGUUGAGGGAGUCUGUUGAUGACUUUCUCGCAGAUGAAAUACGAGUGACUGAUGACGUCCUGGAAAGGCGUGGCCCAGCGCUCCAGGAUCUGUGGCUUCUCCCUCAGGAGGUUUGCUGCAUCCUGGAUUAA